AUGAUCAACCCAAAUAAUUUUGAAGCCUAAGGAUUAUUAGGUAUUACAAUUUAAUUACUAAUAGCUUAAUCUUUAUUUAAAUAAGGGAAAUUUAUGGAAUCAUAUAUAAUCUUAGAUUAAAUGAUAAAUUAAUUUAAUGAUAUAGAUGAGUUUGAUAUGAUGAUGAAAUAAAAACGAUUAACAUCAUUUCUUAAUUUUUUUUAAGAUAAUAAACAUUAAGAUGAACAUCUGAUUGAAGAUGCAAAAGAAAUUCUAGAGAGAGAUCCUUAAAGUUUUAUGGCAAAUUUUAUAUUAUCAGAUUACAAAUUGUGGAUAGAUAAUGUAGAAAUGCUUUAUAAAAAAUAUCCUAAUAAUAAAUGCUUUUAAUGGUCAUAUUGUAAUUAUUUUAAAUAAUUGAUAGUUUAUUUCCUAUUAUAAUAGGAGAAUUAUAAAGGAAUAAUUAAGUUAAAUACAUAAUCUAUUUUCCCAUUAUUUAUUAUAGCUCCCUACCUUUAAGAUGAAAUACGAGAUAAUAUGGAUGAUAAAAAUACUAUUGAAUAUCUUGAUAAAUUAAAUCCCAAUGAACCACAAAAUAGAUUAUUUGAAAUAAUAAAAAGUAAUUAAUCUAAUUAAUGAAAUAGGCAUAAUUCUAAUUGAAACAGGUAAUUAACAAGAGUCCUUUGAGCAGCUAUAAAAAAUAUUAUCUUUUGAUGAAGUGAUAAGAGAAUAUGUCCUUACAGUUUUAUUUUAUAAGAUGGAGAUUUUUAAAAUCUUUAUUAAUAGAUUUUUAGAGACAAAAACUAAACGUUAAAUAGAAUAAAUGAUUAAAUAAAAGCUCGAUAUUGAUCCAGAGAAUUUAGCAGUGUGGUUUCUUAAUAGUAAUUAUUUUUUUAAUUGUAGCCUAUGUAAAAUUGUAUGAAUGAAGGGGGG